UAACAGCUUUAUUUCAAGAAUCAAAGCUUGAGCAACACUGAUGAAAUAAACUAUAACGUGAUGUCGUGUCUUACAAUGUAAUCUAAACAAUGAUACAUUUUAUCCGAAUUAUAAACGCAUAUCCGUUUCUCAAGUCGGGCGUUGAGGGUGGUUUUGUCGCACUGUUAUUUUUUUCUUAAUUUCAUAAUCAUGACGAAACAAAAACGCCUGGUUUGGACGUUAUAAGCCGUCCUCGGCGAACGGACGUUAUGAAUGAACGUCGUUACGGUUUGUUGAAAUCCCGAGCAUGCGCGCCACACGCCCGGAUGUAAACCAAUGGCAUCGCCGGACGGGCGCUAAAAGGCCGGGCUCCUCUUCCUCCCAUGUGUCGUAUUCCCUGUCGUGCUUAGCGGGUCGAGGGGGAUUCUCGUUCCCGGUAAACCGCCCGUCAGCUGUCUGCGGAGAAGAGAGCCGCCAUGGCCGCCCGGAGGGACGACGCGGAGCGGACGGGCUACAUCACCCGGGUCCAGUCUUUCAGCGCCUGCCAUCGGCUGCACAGUGUGAAGUUAAGUGAUGAGGAUAACAAGAGAACAUUUGGAAAAUGUAACAACCCAAAUGGCCAUGGGCACAACUACAAAGUGGAGGUGACAGUACGGGGAAGCAUUGAUCGUACUACAGGCAUGGUCAUGAACCUAACAGACCUCAAAAAGUGCAUCCAUGAGGUCAUCAUGAUUCCACUGGAUCAUAAACACUUGGACAAGGAUGUUCCAUACUUUGCUGAUGUCGUCAGCACCACAGAGAACCUUGCUGUUUACAUAUGGGACAACAUGGUGAAGGUCCUCCCACCCAAUCUACUCUAUGAGGUUAAGAUUUACGAGACUGACAACAACAUCGUUGUAUAUCGAGGAGAAUAGUCCUCUGCCCUGCUUCUGUCAUCUCGCUAAGUGCUCAUGCUAUACAAUUCAGUAUUUAGAUUGACGACCCUGUACCUGUUAAGUGCCAUUUGUUUGCCAACUGAUGAUACUCGAUGGUAAGCCCUACCCUUUUGUACAAUAAGUUAUAGAUCUUUAUACAUUUGUAAGAUAGUGAUGCUUGGCAAGCAAAGUGGGAGCAUAAUUUGAUCUCCAUUGAAGUUUUUUUUGGAUGAAAACUACCCAGAAGACCAUCUGGUUCCUGCUGGAAAAUGGUGACGUCCCAACAAGAGUCAACACAUGAAGUCGGCACAUGAAGUCAACACGUGAAGUCAACACGUGACUUGAGGGGUCCAAUUUAAGAAGUUUAGUACAGUUUAUCUUUGAUUGGCAGCACUAGAUGUCAUCUUGUUGAAUACAUUCCAACUUUUGCUAUAUUUCUUGCACACUUUUCAGUUUUUUGUCAAUAAAUGUUGAUAAAGGUGUUUGAGAAAA